GAGCGGCUGGCCGUGGUCGCUGACUGACCUGUGCUGUGGUGGACGGAGCGGCUGGCCGUGGUCGCCUGACUGACCUGUGCUGUGGUGGACGGAGCGGCUGGCCGUGGUCGCUGACUGACCUGUGAGGCGGCGAGUGUGACCAGGCCGUGGACUCCUGGGAGCGCAGCCGGAGACGGCGGUCCGCGGCCGGCAGCCACGGCCCCAGCCGAGUGACUGAGGCAGAGGCAGAGGCCAACAGCAGGUCGGCCGCUCCGCCGUCUGCCACUCUCAGCGUGCCGCUCCGCCGUCUGUUCAGCUCGGGACCAUGACGGCGGCCGGCGGCGGCGGCGACGACCCGGUGCUGGCCGCGAUGGGGACCGUGGGCAGGUGGCAGGCGUGCCAGUCGCUGCUGCUGUCGCUGGUGGGCGUGGUCUGCGGCUGGCAGGUGCUGGUGAUCGCCUUCCUGGCGCCGCCCACCGCCCACUGGUGCGCGCCGCCCUCGCCGCACUGGGACGACCAACAGUGGCGGCGCGAGGGCAUCCCCGACCCGGCCGAGAGCGCAGCCUGGGGAUGUCGCUCGUACGUCGCCGACACAAACUCGACGUCUGUGCGCAUCCUGGACAGAAACCGCACAGUGCCAUGCCGCCGGUGGACGUACAACACCUCCGAGUACGACAACAAUGUCGUCAUUGAGUGGGACUUGGUGUGCGAUCGCCGCUGGCUGCAGAUGUUCGCUCAGGCCAUCUACAUGGUCGGCAUCGGCUGCGGCGUCCUCUUCUGGGGCGUGUUCGCCGACAGGUACGGCCGUCGGCCGACGCUGCUGCUCUGUGUGAUGCUGGCCUGUCUCUCCGGGAACGGCUGCGCUGCCGUCAACAGCGUGCAGCUGUUCCUCGUCUUCCGCUUCAUGAUCGCCUUCUGCGGCAUAGGCGCCUACUGCGCCUGCUUCGUCACUUGUAUGGAGAUGCUCGGGGACUGGUGGCGCGUCGUGGUCGGUAUCGCCUUCUGCAUGCCCAUGUCGCUGGGCUACAUGACACUGGCGGUGCUGGCCUACUUUGUGCGCCACUGGAGGGCGCUCCAGGUCGCCGUGUCGCUGCCCGGCAUUCUCUACAUGGCCUAUUACUGGGUUGUUCCCGAGUCGCCGCGGUGGCUACUGUCGCGCGGCAGAGCGAACGAGGCCGUCACCAUCAUGAAGAGGGCCCGCCUGUAUAACAAAAUGCCAGUCCUGGAUAACCUGCUCACUACUCAGGGCCGCGCCGAGCCGGGCGAGGCGACUCCCGCCGGCUGCCGGCCGCUGGCCGCCGACGGACGCAUGCUGGCGCUGGUCGGCUGCCUCUUCGUCUGCUGGCUCGUCAACAGCAUGGUGUUCUACGGCAUCCUGCUCAACACGGGCGACUUCGGAGACAACAUCUACAUGAACGCCUUCCUUGGAGGAGCGGUGGAGGUUCCGGCGUACGCCGCCUGCAUCUACGCCAUCCUGCGCCUGGGCCGGCGGCGACCGAUCGCGCUGGCCAUGACCGUCGCCGGCCUCAGCUGCCUGCUGACGCUCGCCUUCGACCCAGCGGCGUGGCGGCGCGGCUGGCCGGUGGUCUGUCUGGGCCUGCUCGGCCGGUUCGGCAUCACGGCCUCGUUCGGAGCCAUCUACGUGUACUCGGCCGAGCUGUUCCCCACGGCGCUGCGCAACACGGGCCUGGCCGUCUGCUCAGUCGGCUCGCGCUUCGGAGGCAUCCUGGCGCCAAUGCUGCAGCUGCUGAGGGACGACGUGCACCCGUCUCUGCCGGUGGUGGUGUACGGCCUGUCGGCGGUCGGCUCCGGCCUCUCUGUCCUGCUGCUGCCCGAGACGGCCGGCCGGCCGCUGCCGGAGACCGUGGCGGACGUGUUCGGCGACACACGCAGGUCUGAGACUCACGACACAACAGCUGAGCAGCAGCCCCUAGACGGCCCAGGCACAGGUCAUCCGGAGCGGGCGCCGGCGUGAGGACGUCAGCCGGUACAGGUCACUGUACCGGCCCACCCGGUCACCUGGGGCCGGCCGGUACAGGCCACCCUGAACGGACACCGGCCGGUACAGGCGACUGUACCGCCUGGUGCCGACCGGUUCAGGUGACUAUACCACCCGGUCUCCUGGUGCCGGCCGGUACAGACGACUGCACCGCCUGGGGCCGACCGGUACAGACGACUGUACCGCCUGGGGCCGACCGGUACAGACGACUGUGCCGCCUGAUGCCGGCCGGUACGGGUCGUACCACUCGGUUUCCUGGUACCGGCCGGUACAGGUGACUGUACCGCCCGGUCACCCGGGGCCGGCCGGUACGGGUCACCUGAACAGACAGUGGCCGGACAUUCAUGCCAAACAGGAAUGAAGGUGUGUUUUUGUAACCGAUUGUGACCGAUGGCGGGGAAGCGGCAGCCGUCUGUUCAGGGAACGUCCAGCUCAACACACUGUACAUAGACGCCGUGACGUAUGCCUGCAAUAUAAGCAAUGCAACCUGGUUACUCAGGCGAGCUUAAUUAGGUUUGUUGAUUAUCAAAGUAGAUCUGUUAAACAUGUCGUAUAGGCUAUGUUGAAUAUUCAAGAAAUAUGCUACCUACGAUAAGCAAAUGUUUUAUUGUGUGUGACAAAAAAAAAUAUAUGGGUAUGUACCUCCUUUGUGCUAAUGAUAUUUCUUGAAAACUUUUUAUCCGUGAUUGAUUUCAGAAUGCAUUUGCAUGCAUACCGUUCGGUGGAAAAGCGCAAACAUGUAAAGUGACCGAAUGCGAAUAAACAAUAUGUGUGGUGGUA